GGUAAACUGGAGCAGAUGGGCCCCCUAAGGGGCUUAAACUUCUUAGAUUCUAAUUUUAGCCUUUUCUUUAAUAGCUGCUAGCCGUUUCUAAGAAAAUCGUUCGUGAUAAUGGCAAGGACAAGGUAAGCAUUCUUCGCGAUGAGUCCGAUUCGGCAAGAUGCGGCGCACCUAGACCGAGCCAUAUAAAGCCUGGAGUCGAAAGGUGUGAUUGCCAAAAUACGGAUUUGAACGAAUGACGUUUCGGUCGAAUCGUUCGAAUACCUGGAAAACGCAAACUGGAGGAAGUGACCCUUAUAAUUAUGUAGGUAGCUUGACGAAUUGCUUUGAGCACGUUACAGUAAGGUUGACGGUAAAACAAUUUUGCAGAUGGAGAUUUCCUCGGACGGCUGCUCACACGGCGAAUAUGCAACACAAGCAAAAAUGAUGCAUACAAAGCAGUCCAAUAGUUAUAAUACUGAUACAAAAAACGUUUACCAUAUGUGACAUUUAGGUGCGUGCUUCCACUUUCUACCCGCCGAGUUUUCAUCGAUUAAAAACGUUUUCAUAUUAUACAUAAUAGAUUUCUGAUCAUUGUAUAUAUGCGUAUACUGAGCUGCCAUUGAAUCAGUUUUUUGGUCGCAACAUUUGCUCCCCAGCAGAAUCGCAAAAACUUGCAAAAAAGCGAAAGAAAGGUCUAAUCACAUGGCCGCUGCAAUGCCGUCUUAGCCUAAAUUGGCUCGAUCGACUUUAUGGUACAGAUCACUAACGACUCAUUUAAGAUGCGGUUGUGUUAUAAUGUUGAAGGAAAGCUCAUUCUGCUUGCGAAGACGGUGGCCAAUAGGACACCUAACCACCAGUCGUACUAAAAAUGGUCAGAUUUUCCUCUCUAUUGUAUGAAGGCUAACGACGUUGUCACGUGAUCAACUCAACUUAAUACAAGCAAUAUCAAAUCUUAUAGUGUGAUUAUUAUCAUAAACUACACAAUAAUUAUCAUGAGCGAAAACCAUGCCCGUGCUAUAGCUACUUCGCUGGCUAAUAGCAAAGAGAUCACCUUCGGGAUUCAGAAUCGCCCUACGCUAACAGCCGUAACACCAGCAGCAGUGAUAUCUAAUGAAAUUAAAUCGAAUGUUGCCUCUACAUCAGCUGAUACCCUGCAGGCACCAAACUUGAUUCUAACCGGAAGGAAUGACACAGCUGCGAGUGUGACAUCCGCUUCACAAGGACCAAAUACUUCUCAGCGGGAGCCUGUAAGCCCUGCAACACCCGCAGUAUCGACACAUGAGACCCUUCCAUCAGAUCCAGUUACUAUGAUACCUUUAUUACAAUCCCGUAGCAGUCAGGCCGACACGUUCCAGAAGCUACUGAAAAAAUACCUCAUAGGACAGGUGCUUGUGCUACAGUCUCGGGUCCUUCUCUACACAACACGGCCUCAGGGUGAACGAAGUGUCUAUUGUGUUGAAUUGAGCACCGGUAUGCCACACGGGACCUAUUUCUCCACAGUAGUAACUCCCAGCCACGAAUUCCGGAAUCCUAUUGUAAAGAUGGUGGAUUUAUCUCAAGGACCACACAUCCGCGUUGGCAUGCUUUUGUCAGAUUGUUCGUUUCAUAUCAGUGUGUUUGAUCCUGUGGCUUUCCGGUGGCCGCGAAAAGGUUUCGUGUACACCAAACUCAUCUAUUUACCUCAUCCAACGGAUGAAGACUCAACAUGGAAUAUAUUUAGCAGACAAAUCGUUUACAGUCCUACUUGUGAUAUACUUUUUUGGACUCGAUUAGACCCAGUAUCGUCUGCUGCAGAUAACUGUCGUCCUCCUAACUGGAAACUCGUCAUGUACGAUCUUGUAAACCGAUUUGAAAAACCAUUGAUGUCACUUCCGGGUCCGGCUAUUCUAACGCCAUUGACGCACGAGCUUGCCAUACUACUUCGAAGCUACGGCGCCAUAUUCAUCGAUUAUGCUUCUCUGUCGGCGGAUCAUCGACGAGUGAGACUGGACUUGUCGAGUGGGGAUGGACCCGGAUGCUCGUGGCAAGAAGCCCGGCGUAACGCGUCUCAACAGAUGGGCUGCUAUUACUGGCAUCCCGCCGCCCACGUCAUCGAAUUUAUCCCUGUACGAAACCUUCGUCCACGAGCGACCCAUGAACAACUGGAAGGAUUUUGUCCUUGCAAAGAAUCACGGCCCGGUUUUUCACUCAAGAAAAAUCUUCUUGUUAAAGAAGCCACGUCCGGUAAGAAGUCGGCGUUGACUUUAGCGGCUUCCGCUCCAAUACUCAGCGUCGUCAUUCUCUAUGGUAGAACACUUUUCCGCCUGAGUGGUCAGGUGUGCGCUCCGCUGUUGCAGAUCAACAUACCGGCGCCUGUACGUGAGUCAUUCUAUCAUGUGCUGUACCGUGACCGAGUCGUCGUGCUUCACAGCUCUUCAUCGAUUAUCAUCUAUCUGAUUCGAGAGAACACCUUCCGCACUGUCGAGGGUCAGUUCAUCAUUGCCGGCCAAGGGGUGGUGUGCUCUCCCAGUGAUGGUUCUGUUACUAAGAUUAGAAUUGCGCAUGGUGUCGUUGAGGAGGGACCUCAGGCACCGGAAGAACUGCCUGAAUUGCCUGAGCAGGGAACAGUGACAGAGCCCUCAAAAUCGCCAGCUUCUCCACAGCAAACCCAGUCCACGAAUCACUGAGGUACUAUGAAACCUCUUGUACGAAACGGGAUAGUCUCAUGUUUUUUCUUAUAUCGAUGUCCGUUUAUAUCGAAAUUAUCAGUGCGGGAUCGGCUAAAUACUGCCGGGGCACAAAAAACACAGCUACACUAUUUAUGGUAGAUUUACUAAACUGUUCACAAAAUGAUAUUGCAAAUUACGUUAGAUUUUCCGGUCUCCCACUCCACCCCACUAAAAAUACUCAAUCUGGUUGAUUGAAAUACAAUUACCUUUUAUUCACAGUGAAAUUCAAAGUAGUUUAAAUGAUAUGAAGAAUCGUUAAUCAUGAACUUCACCGCACAACUUCAUGCAGGCUUUAAAAAUUGUCAUGUUAAAGACUACGCGUAUCUCAUAUAUUAAAAAUUAUUCAUUUCAAGCGUAGUUUAGCUGAAAGGUCACUGGAGUUGCAGCAGGAAUUUAUCCUAACAACAGAAAACGCCAAAUGAGACCAGCUCAACAAAAAAAAAGCUGGCUCAAGGUUUCGACAUGCACAUUAAUAUCAACCGAAUCAUAUUAACCCAGAGAAUUCAUAUUCUCAGUGAUGUCGACAGCAUUGUUAAUGUUGUUAUCGUUUUCUUUGUAUUUUAAUAAUAGUAUUAAGAAAUAACAUACACACAUUUUUCACAUAUACAUGUACAUGACAGUUCAUCGUGUUACAAAAAUAAGAACGCCAACUUCCCGCAACAACGAAAUGCGUUGUAAUAAACGUAUUCUAGGACGCAUAGAUCAAAAGUAAAUUUAAAUGUAAAUUUGGACAGAAAAAGAAGCUUGCUGUUGUGAGUGCAUUAUGUCUAGAAUGUUGUAUAGCUGAACACAUUUGUUCAAUGUGUCAUCAUGGACAUAAAUAGAAAACAUAUUAUAUAGAUAAAUUUCGUCGUUGUAUAAUUUGACACGUAUGUACAUAGCAAAAAUAAGUUGUGAAUCUGUAAUAUAUAACGACAAGCCCAGACACACUAAGGGAAGUAACCAUCUACCAGUUCAUUCAAUUAUUAUUCGCGCAUCAAAACAAGGAUGCACUACUGAGACAAUACGUUCAUUACGAAAUAUUGUAUAUUUAACUUAAUCUUUAAUUUUUUUCUAAACAUUCGUAUUAGAGAGGUAUAUUGUGAAAGUGUUUCUCACCUGUAAAAUAAAUUUUAUAUUACAAAAAAUAUGUUCAUCAUACAACCAUAUAGGCUGUAUGUGUACAUCGUUUUGUUUUUAUUUUUUGUUGUAGAACGUACUACAGCAUCAAAGAGAGGAUCGUUUAUGUCGGGACCUCAAGCUAUUUUUGCAUAAAUAAACAAAAUCGGAAGUAUGCUUUACUAGUCCCAUGGAUGGCCGACGUAAGGCUCUAAUCUACUUUUAUGUAUUUUUUCAUUCACACACACACACACAAUCUGUAUAUACUUUUCCGUGUAAAAUAUUUGAAGCAUAUAUUCUGUUAAAUCGGUGUUCGAAUUAUUCUAUUUAAUGUGGUACUAAUUCACAGAAGUAAGGUCACACGCCUAAAGUAUUUUGUGUCGGCUCAAGGUACGAAGGGCUUUUCAUGCAUGCCAUAUGUAUCAUUUUAAAGUAAUUUUUACAUAUAUGCGCAUAUUAAGUUACGAAUUAUACUGAGAAAGAGUACUGAUGAAAGGGGA